AUGUUCGACCCGCAAACAGCAGGGGCAUUUGAGGCGUUGCGGGCCCUCCGUCGCACCGAAAGUGAGGAGUAUUCCAGUAUUCUCGGCGCAAUGGGAAUGUCCGGAAGGACGCGUUCUGGGAGAAGUUGCCGAACACGCGCGCGCGGGUCCAGCUGGGCGUCCACGCGUGUUUUGGGCAGCACGGGCACUCUAAGCGAUCAGGGUGACCGCGAGAGAACUCAGUUCACCACAGGAGCCUUCAGGGCGUGUUGGCUGCGGCAGUCGGCCUUUGUGCCAAUUGAAGUGGAACUGCGCGGGGCAGCGCUUGCCACAAGCGGGGCGUCGAAGGCCGAGGGCGCGCUGAUGGACGCGCUCUCGCAGCGGCGGCCGGGGUUGUGGAGGAGGCGCCGGGGUUCUCGCGCGCGGUGCGGUGCGGGCCUCGCGAAUCGCACUCACACUUGGGGGGCGGGCCUAUCGUGUGCUUCGUCGCCACGUGCGCGCCCAAAACGCCUCUCCACCAGUUGUCGUAAAGCCGCAUUUCGCGCAGACGCUUGCGUGCCCCUCCGGCGCGUCCGCCAGGGCG